GUUCAUGUUCUACACCAUCCCAACGACCACGAGUGCCAUGGAUUUUCUUUCCAGUUCCUUCCCUCCCACAGUAAUAAAUUUAGCACUAGUAAUUUUAGCUAUUAUACUUAUGAUCAGAUCCCAUGCUAGAAGGGUGGGUACUGAUCUAAAGAAAAAGAGAUACCAUCCUAUUGCCACAAAUUUCUUCACAACCCUCGUCAACUUCUCUAGGCUGCACCACUACUUGACUGACAUCGCACACAAAUACAAAACUUUCCGGGCGUAUAAUGUGCUCAUAGAUUAUGUUUUCACAACAGAUCCUGCAAAUGUUGAAUACAUCCUCAAAACGAACUUUGCAAACUAUGGAAGGGGUUGGUACCACUACAGCGUUUUGUCAGACGGUUUGGGCGAUGGGAUCUUUGCCGUGGAUGGAGAAAAAUGGCUGCAUCAGAGGAAGAUAUCGAGCAAUGUGUUAUCAACCAAAAUUGUCAAAGACUUCAGCACUGCAGUCUUUAAAACCAACGCGGUACAAAUUGCUGGGAUAAUUUAUGAAGCUGCAACCUGCGACAAAGCAAUAGAGAUCCAAGAUUUGUUUCUGAAAGCAAACUUAGAUUCAAUUGUCAAGAUUCUGCUUGGAAUCGAACUAGAUACCCUGUACGGGACAAAUGAAGAAUGUAUUCGGUUUGCCAAUGCUUUUGAUGAAGGAAACGAAAUGACAAUGUAUCGUUAUUUUGAUUUCACCUGGAAGAUCAGACGGUUCUUAAACAUUGGAUCAGAAGCGGUGCUGAAGAAGAAUAUCAAAGUGGUAGAUCAGUUUAUUUAUAACUUAAUCAAUAGCAAGACUGAAACGCUCCAUAAUUCACCAGAAGAUGAUCCGUCUGCAUACAAAAAAGGAGACAUAAUCUCAAGGCUAUUGAAAUCGAAAGAUAUGGAUCCAAAGUUCUUGAGAGACUUGCUCCUUUGUCUUAUUGUCGCCGGAAGAGACUCGACGGCGAGUGUUCUUACAUGGUUUAUUUAUAUGCUCUGCAAGCAUCCUCAUAUACAAGAGAAGAUUGUACAAGAGGUUAGAAAGGCAACAAAUCUGAAAGAUAGUUCAAGCAUUGAUGAGGUUGCAGCCAGUCUUACUGAAGAAGCUCUUGACAAAAUGCAUUAUCUCCAUGCAUCUUUGUCUGAGACACUCAGGCUCUACCCUGCAGUUCCACUGGAUUCCUCGGUUUGUUUAUUUGAUGAUACAUGGCCAGAUGGAUUUAGUGUCAAGAAAGGAAGUGUAGUGGGAUACCAUGCGUAUGCCAUGGGCAGAAUGAAAUAUUUAUGGGGAGAUAAUGCAGAAGAAUUUUGGCCGGAGAGAUGGCUCAACGAAAAUGGGCUUUUCCAGCAAGAAAGCCCUUUCAAAUUCCUGGCCUUCAAUGCGGGACCAAGAAAUUGUAUAGGGAAAGACUUUGCUUAUCAGCAGAUGAAGAUCAUUUGUGCAGUACUUUUAAGGAGCUACAUAUUCAAGCUGACUGAUGAGCACAAAGUGGCUCAUUACAGGACAAAGGUCACUCUCCAUAUUGAUGGGGGACUUUAUGUGCAAGCCUUUCCAAGAAACCUUGAUUAGGAGAGAUUUUUCAGUAUGCUAGGAGUAUGGCCUAUUAUACUACAAUUGAUUGAAAACUUGAAAAAUAAAAUUUCCACCCAACUCUAUUAUGACAAUUUGUGUAUUGGACUGUGCUUCCGACACAUUGAAAACUUAUGCUUAAUUAGAUGCCUUAUAAACAUCUCGUCCAAGAUUUUCUAUAUAUAAUGGAAUAAAAGGCCUCGAUAUUGUUAGUA